UGGGACUGAAAUUGGAAUAGGUCCAGUCUUGCCUGUAAUUUGUAAGUUGUAUGAGUGUAAAUUUAACUAAUAGUAAUAAGUAAAACCUUGUGAGAGAAAGGUUAAUUAUUUUACCAUAGCUGUGUUUGCGUAGUUUCUAGAAGGAAAGAGCCAGAAGCUAUUGUAUUAAAUCAUCAGCAACAUGAGUUCUUCAGAAGAAGUUUCCUGGAUUUCUUGGUUUUGUGGUCUUCGUGGGAAUGAAUUUUUUUGUGAGGUUGAUGAAGACUACAUUCAGGAUAAAUUUAACUUAACAGGUCUGAGUGAGCAAGUUCCUCAUUAUAGACAAGCACUGGACAUGAUAUUGGAUCUUGAGCCAGAUGAUGAACUAGAAGAUAACCCUAAUCAAAGUGAUCUUAUUGAGCAAGCUGCUGAGAUGCUUUAUGGUCUAAUUCAUGCCCGUUAUAUUCUAACAAAUCGAGGAAUUGCUCAAAUGAUAGAAAAAUAUCAAAAUGGUGAUUUCGGUUACUGCCCACGUGUUUAUUGUGAAAACCAACCAAUGCUUCCUAUAGGUCUCUCAGAUGUCCCAGGAGAGGCCAUGGUCAAGCUGUAUUGCCCAAAGUGUAUGGAUGUCUACAACCCCAAGUCAUCGCGACAUCACCACACAGAUGGAGCCUAUUUUGGAACUGGAUUUCCACACAUGCUUUUCAUGGUUCAUCCAGAAUACAGGCCUAAACGUCCUACUAACCAAUUUGUCCCUCGGCUCUAUGGUUUUAAGAUUCAUCCUCUUGCCUAUCAGCUGCAACAGAAAGCAGCUGCUAAUUUCAAGGCUCCAGUCCGGACAAUGAGCUACAACAAUGGCAAACGUUGACAUCUGCUUUCUUUUAAAUCAUAUUUCAUAUUAUGUGUAGUUGUUUUUUAAGUAAACCAUAUUGUAUUGUGUACUGUACAGAAUUAAUGUGAUAAUGACAAUUAAAUGUGUCAUUUGUUUGUUUAAUCAAAGGCAUUGUAAGAUUUUUAACUAAAGAAAUGGAUUUGAGUUCAGUCCAACGUGCAAAUAAAAGUGUUAAAAGAAUACCCAA